UCGCCAAUCACGAGGAGACAGCGUCGGUCAAGGACCACAACCGCGUUCGAUCCCAACCGCCACACUCCUUCCAAGGAGAGCGCGUCCACUUCGCGUCCGAACGUUCUUCUCUGACCCGCAGAACACACCGCGUUCGAUCCGUCACCCCCACCCCCCUCCCUUUCCAAAAAAAGAACCCUUCGCUUUCGCGACCGUAUACCUUCUUCUCUGACCCGCUGUUCGAAACUAACGAAGCCCAGCGAUGAGCAGCACCGUCAUUGAAAAACCGGCCGUGGAGCCCAGGAGGACCACGUCCGACACCACGACCCAGCUGCAGCACGCUACCAAGGAGGCGUCCGGCAACCCGGUCGUGACCGCCCUCAACAAGCUCGGCCUCUACUUGUUCCAGAAGGCGGCGGAGCACCUGGACCACAACGUGCUCUUGUGCCCGGCGGCUGUGACGGCGUCCCUCUUGACGACGCUGGGGUGCGCCGAGGCCGAGACGCACCUUCAGUUUCUCGAGCUGCUGGUCAAGGAAGGGGGCAAGCUGGAGCACCUGCAGGCGGCCGUGUUUGCCGUCUUCGACACGCUGGAGAAGGACAAGGCCAACGCCGAAGCCGCCCUCAUCUACAGGAUGUUCGUGAGCCGACACGUCAUGUUGAACGAGACUUGCGAGGAGCUGCUGAAGACGCAGCUGCGGUGCUGCGUGGACCGGGUGUCGUUUCACACGAGCACCCCCGAAGAUAUUGCGUACGCCGUGAACGGAUCCUUCGCCGACGGGAGUCCGCUCAUCGGAGAGGUGCUGGCUCCGGAGGCCGUUGACAUCACCACCAACCUGCUAGUCGCCUCGGCCUUCCAUUACAGGGGCAUUCUGGAGCCGCCGUUCACGCGCAACACGGAGGCGCGGUCCUUCAAGCCCACCGUGACCACCGAGGUGUCGCUGGAGUUCGAGCAGGGCGCGGGGUCCUUCAUGUACGGCGAGAUCGGGGAUACCGUGUCAACCAAGGUGCUCGAGCUACCGUACCGCGGGGGCGCCGUCUCCCUGCUCCUUCUGUUACCGGACAGAGCUCGACUUCUCAAGGACCUGCUCGCCCAGCUCACGCCGGCCUUCCUCGCGAGGGUCGCCGGCUGCCUCAAGCCCAAGAAAGUGCACGUGAAGUUUCCCCAUGCCACGAUCGAGGCCAGGUAUGACAACGUGACUUCGGUUGGGCCUAGUUGGUACAUAACCUUUAAGAUCAAGACUUCAGCGCAAACCAGGACGGACCACGAAGAAGAGAUGAGACAAGCAGUGUCGCUGCCUAACAAUUGUCGUUCUCUUCUUUUGUCCCUGUUUUGUAGUGCGCCCCAUUUUUGCAUUGAAGAAGAUGCCUGUCAAAGUAGCGCGCGCUUAUGAUCAAUGUUCGCAAU